AUGGCGAGCGCGACCGAGGCGCAGGUAUCUGCGCAGCUUGGGGACGCCAUUGUUUCUUUUGCUCUCGAGGGAAGCUUCCCAGACGAGCAGGUGUCGUCCCUUUCGCUUUCGUCUUCCGAUCUGUCACCGGCGAUCGAUGCGCUGGAAAAGGCCAAGGGGGAAUUGGAGACCGAGAUCCAUACGAUAAACGAGGAAACAAAAGGGGACGUCAGCUCGUGGGUGAGCAACGCAAAGUCGCUACAAGAAGACAUCCUGCGAUCUAAGAGGCUGGCCGAUGAUAUUGUGCGACAAUCAGAGGCUCCACAGGUCUCUGGAAAGGCCAUCCAAGAUGCCGAAGAACACAUACAUUUUCUGGAAAGAGAGGUGAUGUAUACGGAACAGCUGCACGAUGCGCUUAGGGGUAUCCAGCAUGUCAAUGAGCUUUUGGGGGAGGUUGAGCAGGCCAUGAACGAGCGGCGCAUCAUCGACUCGCUGCGGUGGUUGGAAAAGUCGUGGACCGAGUUGGAUGCCGUCCCUGUCAACAAGAAGACUUGCAGAGUCAUGAGGCUUCUCGACCUGCGCGCGUUCGAGCUCAAAUCCAAUGUUCAUGACGUCUUUGACCACGUUUGGGCAUCUCUUGUCCACACGGAUUUACAAGCAGGGUCCCUCUCCAUCUACGGAAAACUAGAAGGGGAGCAAAUGACCCUCUCAGAAGCCAUCAUCGGGCUUCAGGCCUACAAGGAGGUCGAAGACAGAAUGUCCAAGCUAUGGCACGAAGUUGACCAGGCUAUUGUGUCGCCAAGGAUGGAUGUUGAAGCUUCUUCUCUUCCUUCGAUUCGUGCAAGCGAGAAUGUAGUGGAGUUGAACGGCGAGGCCGGCCGGACAAUAGACGAGCUUUUUACAGACCUCCGCAAGCUGGUCGAGUUCCUGGCAGCUAGAUUGACCCCUGACCUCCUAAUGUUCUUCAGUCCGAUCAUGAUGAGCGACCUGAUCCCGAGACUGGUCAAGGUCUGGCUGGACGGCGCGGUUCCUGCGACAUUGAAGGACAUCGACCGGUUCCAAGCCGUGAUUCAAUCUGCGCGAGGUUUCUGCGAGGUUCUCGAAGAAAAUGGUUUCACAGGCUUCACAGAGCUUAAGGAGUGGGUUGGAAGCGCACCAUCAAUUUGGCUCGCCAAGUGUAGAGAAACCGCACUUGACUCUGUCCGCAACCAGCUCUCGAAUGGUCUGGGCGCACCCAAGCAAGUCGAGAAGGUGGAAAAGCAGAUGGUGUCUCGCUCAGAGGGCAAGAAGUUGACAGCUAACAACGCAGCCGCCGGGGCUGCAACAGAUGAUGACUGGGGUGCCGCGUGGGGAGUCGAUGACGAGCCUGCUGAAGAAAAGGACACAACUCAGCAAAGCCAAGAAGAGGACGACGGAGCAGACGCCUGGGGUUGGGACGAUGAAGACCAAGGUGCAGAUAAGAAGGAGGAGGAACCAGCUCAGCCAAGUCAGGAACCAGCAGCCGCGGACGAGGACGACGCAGCCGAUGCCUGGGGCUGGGGAGACGAAGACGCGACAGAACCGGCGCAAGAGCCUGAGCCUAAACCACAGCCCAGGAAAUCGCCCGCAAAGAAAGAAAAGAUGGCAACUCCAGCAGGAGACGAGAGCAGGGAAAUGGUGCUGAAGGAGAUCUAUCACAUAUCGUCCAUGCCAGAGCCAGUACUGGAGCUCAUCCUCGCCAUAUUAGAGGACGGUGCGGCUCUUACUCGGCCAGAAUUCGAGAACAGUCCUGUGGCAGCCGCGGCACCGGGCCUGUUCAGCUUACCAACAUUUGCACUGGCCAUGUUCAGAGCCGUUUCACCGCACUACUACGCACUUGAUAUCGGCGGAAACAUGUUCCUUUACAACGAUGCCAUGUACUUGUCCGAAAAGCUAAGCGAGCUGGCGUCAGCAUGGAAGUCGCGUGCAGACCUGACGACACGUGCCCAAAACAUGUUGCGCAUAGACAACGACAUCAAGAGCCUGCAAAACUUUGCGACGCGCGCAUACACUAAUGAGCUCGGGGUGCAGAAAACGGUCCUUCGAGAUCUGCUAGGAGGCGAUCAAAGUCUGAUGCAACAGGAUGAACUAGACAGCUGCGUGGACUCGGCAGUAGCGCGGGUCAGAUCCCUGGCAGUGACAUGGGAAUCGAUUCUCUCGCGCUCCGUGUGGUACCAGGCGGUGGGGUCCCUCGCAGAUGCCAUCUCAUCAAAGAUUAUCAGCGACGUGAUGGAGUCGUCUUCCAUCGGCCAGGACGACGCCUACAGGAUCGCGCAGCUCAUUGCCAAGAUCACGGAGCUUGACGACCUCUUCCUCCCGUCGCGGACGGCAGCCUCGUCGGGGUCCGGCAAGGACGAGAUCCCGACGACGGCGCAGUACGCCGCCACGUGGCUCCGGCUCAAGUACCUCAGCGAAGUCCUCCAGUCGAACCUCAACGAGGUUAAGUAUCUCUGGUGCGACAGCGAGCUCAGCCUGUACUUUUCCGCGGACGAGGUAGUUGACCUCAUCGAGGCUAGCUUUGACGCUAACCCGCGGAUGAGGGAGACCAUCCGGGCGAUUCGGGAGAACCCAAGCCCCGUGCUCGCCUAG